CAGGAACGCUCGUACAUUUGUUAUUGUCUUAACCUUAACAUUAUGUUUGUAUUGUGUGGUUCUCAGCACCAAUUUUGCCUUAUUCUCCUUUUUAAAGGUUUAUUGUGGAUGUACUUUAGUCAGUUGAAAAUUAUUCUACUUGAAAGGAAAUGACUGCUAUGAGUACUAGCACACCUACAUCAGCAGAUGCUUGUUUAAGCAUUGUCCACAGUCUGAUGUGUCAUCGACAAGGAGGUGAAUCAGAAGGGUUUGCCAAGCGAGCAAUAGAAAGCUUAGUAAAGAAAUUAAAGGAAAAAAGAGAUGAACUUGACAGCUUGAUAACAGCCAUCACAACUAAUGGUUCACAUCACAGUAAAUGUGUCACGAUCCAGAGAACGUUAGAUGGUCGACUUCAGGUUGCAGGGAGAAAAGGUUUUCCUCAUGUAAUAUAUGCCAGGAUAUGGCGAUGGCCAGACCUUCAUAAAAAUGAAUUGAAACAUGUUAAAUAUUGCCAGUACGCUUUUGAUCUCAAGUGUGAUUCUGUCUGUGUCAAUCCUUACCACUAUGAAAGAGUAGUAUCUCCUGGCAUAGAUUUAUCAGGUUUGAGCCUCCAGUCAGGACCUAGUCGAGCUGUGAAGGAUGAGUAUAGUGUUGUGCCAGGAACUAUCGAAGUCGAGGAUCAAGUUACAGUACAGCAUCAUGCUCCGCAGCCUAUUCAAUUCCAUCCACAGCCUAUUCACGGAAUAGUUAGUGUUGGUGGUGAAGGAGGAAGUUAUCUGAGCAAUAAGCUGGAGGGAAGGCAACCACCAAGGGGAAUGGUUGAACCAUCGAGGUCUGCAUGGAGCCAACAGGCUUCACCCCAACAAAAUAGACUCAGAAACAAUAGUUCAGGAGGUGGUAGCACUUUAGUAACGAGUACUGCGCCUGCUCUCAUAUCACCUACCGAACCUUCUACGACCCAGCCAGCAUUUUAUUCACCUAUGUCACAACCUCCGAUAGAUACUCCUGAAAGUCCAGUUGUGAGUGAUAGCGUUAGAACAACAAAUUCUCAAAGCCCCGGGCCAACUUCAAGUGAGGGUUACACGAGUCCUACCCAGCAAGCAACGUGGAGUGGUUAUACUCUGACCUAUACUCAAAGUAUGCAACCACCUCCUCACCAACCACUUCAAAAUACAUACUGGACUCAUGGAGUGGGAACUGAAAUGGGAGUGGGCGGUUUACUUUCAAGUCAGCCAGCGCCUGAGCAUUGGUGUUCCAUUGCUUACUUUGAACUUGACACACAGGUUGGGGAGACUUUCAAAGUUUCUUCUACUUCGCCUAGUGUUACUGUUGACGGCUAUGUUGAUCCUUCAGGAGCGAACCGGUUUUGCCUUGGAGCGCUCAGUAAUGUACAUCGUACAGAACAGAGUGAACGAGCUAGAUUGCACAUCGGUAAAGGUGUUCAACUCGAUUUGAGGGGAGAGGGAGACGUGUGGCUGAGGUGUCUCUCUGAUCAUUCUGUCUUUGUUCAGUCCUACUACCUUGAUCGGGAAGCAGGAAGAUCACCAGGGGAUGCUGUUCACAAAAUUUACCCAUCUGCGUAUAUCAAAGUCAGAUUUGUUGAUUGGUAUUUUUUUUCUUCUCAUUAUUCCCCCCUUAGAUUAUUAUUUUUAAAUAAAGUGUAAAUGGAAGAUAUGCAAGGUUUACAUGGUUAAUCAAAUUGCUUAUGCAUUUGAGCUGGUACUGUAUUAUUAGUUGAAUGUUAAGUAUUAAAAUUUUAUUAGCGGUCAGAUUUAUUCAGUAUUAAUGUUUAAUACAAAAUUAAAGUAUGACUAAAGAUUUUUAGAAAUGACUUACCAAGACAAGGCUUCCUGAAUAAAUCGCCUCUAUUUUAGUACAUAAUGGGCCGUCAUAUUAUUUAUCCCCUCAAUCUUCAUUUAAGUUGGUCUAACGAAUUUCUUGUACUCGGCUCUUUUUUUGUUCUUUUGGAAUUUACGAAGACAUAAUUAUCUAUUAUUGUUGGUUGUUAUUUUUUAUCAUUAUAUAUCAUACUAUUAUAUAACAGAACAAACCCUAAUUAUGAAAUCGAUUUGAUUUACAUGCAUUUUGUAACAAACUGUGAAGGUUUUAACCUGCUGAAAGCUAAUGAGUAGAAAUAAUGUUAAAAAUUAUGUCAACUUAAUAUGUCAGAGCUCUUUACAAUGUAUAAUCAACUAAAAGGUAAAAUAUUGAAAACAAGAAAAAAAUGUAGAAAAAAGAUUAUGUUAAUAACUAUCUUUCCGAUCUGGAAAUUCUUUUUGUCUUAAGUUGACUGUUAAUCAAGGAAGGUUUUUUUAGUCUUAUAUUAUUUUAUUUUUUUUACUAGGUUUUUGAUUUGAGGCAGUGUCAUACCCAAAUGCAACACCAAGCGGCUACUGCACAAGCAGCUGCAGCAGCUCAGGCAGCGGCAGUUGCUGGUCACAUUCCAGGACCACACAGUGUCGGUGGAAUUGCUCCAGCAAUAAGUUAGUUGAUCGGUCCUUUUUAAAAUAUUUAUAAAUAUUAUAGAUUAUAGUAGUAAUAAUAACUGAUCUCACAUUAAUUAUCAUUUGUAUUAAUUGGCCAAGUGAGAAAAAAAAACAUGAUGUAGUUACAUUGUAUUCUGGAAUUAUUUUUUUCCUCUUUCGUUAGUUUAGAUUGAUCUUUGUAACAGACUAUUGCAAUUACUGAUGAAUGAAUCUAGUUAGAAAAAAUAAAUGCUCUGAUGCGAAUAUGGACUCUAGUCUCUGAAGAGAUUUGGUAGUGGAUAGUCUGUGGCAAAAAAAUUGUAAGAACUGAAUGUGGAGAAGACUGUAGUCAAUGAUUGGAGGAGAAACAUUAAUUUAAAUUGAAGAUUUUUUCUAAAAUUUUAAUCAUAUAAAACCAAAUUGUUGGCCUUCAGCGUACGCUUACACGUCUCCCUACUCAGCUCAUAUGCAGACCUACAAUGUGGGUCGACAUCGGAUUUUACUGAAUUUGUAUAUUCGAUUCUGAACUGUUAUCCGAAACGUCUCCAUAAUGAUAAAAUUAAAAAUUAACCAGUAUUGUAUAUUUCUGUUAAUAUUUCCAUUUUAAAUAGCUACAAAUAGGAUAAGCAGGGCAAAAAUAGAACUGGCCAGGGUAUUGGACUUGACUGGUCAACAAUUCUACUGUACAUAAAAGCCUUUCCUAUUAAAAAAUAUAUGAAAAUAGAUGAUAUUAACUAAAUAACAUCCUGUGACUCGCACCGAAUUCAAUUAACGCAACACAAAUUAAUGAAAAUUUGAUUAACUAUCAAGAAUGUGGAUGAACUUCAAUGCUGUAUAAGCUUCAAAACAAUAAUAAAUAUUUAUAUUGGAUACAUUCUUAAAGAUUUUUGUUAAGGCACUAAUAAAAAUUAUUAAAUAAACAAUUAAAAUGUUUGUUGGUGGGAAAAUACAUUUAUAUAGAAAAAUGUAAUGUACCUUCACUUUCAUGAGUGUAAAAUUCAAACAAGAAACAUCUGCGAUGAUAAGUUCAUUCAUUCAUUCAUGUAUGGCACAACAUCCCGUUACCGAGACUGGGCCUCCUCCAAGAGCCUCCGCCAGUUGGCUCUGUCUUCUGCUGCAGCUCUCCAGUUCCGCACACCAAGCAGGGUUCUCGCAUC